AAAUGGACUCUGCGCAUGCCUGAACAGUGCGGCUUGGAGAUCUUCGACAGCAAUCUGAAGAGUCAGCAGUGCAUUUAUUCCGAGUUUUGCCGCUUCUCAGUAGAAUCGGAGAUAUCUCGCACAAUUUCUAAAAUUGUGUUGCUCUGUUCAAGGAUUCAGCGAUACCCAGUGGCAGUUCCAGAGAAUGACGAACAGCUCAAAAAAGAAAGAAGAAGUUCAUCUCGCCAACGGUGGAGUGAAGCAGUCCACAUGGAGCAAAGCCUUCAAUUGUAACGCUAUAUGGGAAGAGAAGGAUGAGUUCUUGGAUGUGAUCUACUGGAUCAGGCAAAUCAUUGCAAUUAUUCUCGGAGUAAUAUGGGGUAUUGCACCGCUGAAAGGAUUUCUGGGAUUAGCAAUAUUCUGCAUCAUCAAUGCAGGUGUCCUGUACCUUUACUUCAGCAGCUUCCAGCAGGUAGACGAAGAGGAGUAUGGCGGCACAUGGGAGCUGACCAAAGAAGGAUUUAUGACAUCAUUUGCAUUAUUCCUGGUGGUAUGGAUUAUCUUUUACACGGCAUUACACUAUGACUGAUGACCUCUGGAAAAAACAGUGUGUGGUAGAGCAAGACAAAAGACAUUUUCUUCAAUGUAAAAUGUAAGAAUAUGCAGAACUUUCAGCUUCAAGGUGUGGAUUCGUCACCUGCAGCACAUAGGAUCCUUGAGAAAGAAGUGCAUUGUGGGUACCUUCAGUAAAAUGGCCAUCUUAGAGUCCUUGGUCAUUGUGUCUGAAUUUUAAGCUAAAACUGUCCUGUGCACUGCCAUGAUUUGUGAUUUUUUUUUUUUCAGCGAAUGACACUAUUGUAGUUAGCAGGAGAAUAUAACUUAAUUUAACUUUAUUUAGUUUUUCACGAUUAGCUUCCAAAUCAAAUAGUCUUACCAGACCGGUCUCGAUAAGUCUGUUUAAACAGUGUAUAAAUUCUGUAAAAUAUGCAUUUUAUCAUAUCCUCAAUGUAUUAAACUGAUUUAUUUGUA